UUUCCGAGAGAAAUUGAGAGGAGGAGAGAGUAAUGUAUGGUGAAAUGAAAGAAAUACAUAUAAAUACAUAAAGUACAACAACCACUAGACGCUGCUGCGCAGCUGGACUAGACAGCAGGAUAUAGUAUGAAGCCUAGGAAACUGCUGCCCAUAUCAGACGACUUCUCCUCCGAGGACGAGUAUGUCGACCAGCUCCUGCACUUCGUCGCCAACACCGAGAUCUUCCAGAUCCUCUGCGGCGGCGUGCACGUCCUGGAUUUCUUCACCUCGGAGCCGGGCUUCUACUACGCCGCCAUCCCGCAGGAAUGGCAGGCCUUCCUCCUCCAGUGCGAGCCCAUGGCCCUGCUCGACCUGCUUAUGCGCGACGACCUCGACUCCCUGCCGACUGCGGACGGCGAGAGCGGUAGCAGCAGCAGCAGCAGCAGCAGCAGCCCCUACGGCGACAUGGCCCCGCCCCAAAGCCUCGUCCAGUACAUCCGGGACAUACGGCAGCUCUCGCUGCGGCGGGACCUGCCGCCGGAGCGCGCGGCCGCGGUGUCGACGCUGCCCCGCAACAUCGCCAUCGGCAUGAAGCCCAAGAAGGCGCACGAGGUGGCCAGCUUUGCCGACUACGUGGACCGGCUCGCGCGCGACCACUGCGGCGGCGGCGGCACAGACGACGAGAACGACGGGCAGGGCGUGACGCACCUGGUGGACUUUGGGUCCGGGCAAAACUACCUGGGCCGCACGCUGGCGUCGGAGCCGUACAACCGGGCCAUGAUCGCGGUCGAGGGCCGCGAGGAGAACAUCAGCGGCGCGCGCGCGCUCGACAUGCUCGCGGGCGUGGUGGAGAAGGAGAAGGUGAUGCGCAACAAGAAGGCCUACAUGCAGUGGCUCGACAGCAGAAGCGGCGGCGGCGGCGGCGGCAUGAGCGACAAGUUCAAGCGCCGCCUCGCCCAGGGGCCCGUCGUGUCGCCCGAGGAGAUGGCGAGGGCCGACUUGCGGUCGCGUCGCGAAAUCGCGUCCGAGCACCCCGCCCCAGGCCAGGGCAGGGGCCGCAUCCACUACGUGGCCGGCAGGCUGGAGGAUGGGGACCUGUCCGAGGUACUGAGCAAGGUGCGGAUCAGCAUGAAUGGUGGUGGUGGUGGUGGUGGUUGUUGUGGUGCCAAGUCGCGCGGCGGUGACGAGGCUGCCGACGGCGGCUGCGUUUGUGAGGAAAAGGGGCGACAGCAGCCAGGAGACGACGAGGCUUCGGAAGGGCAGAUGCAGCAGUAUGGCAAGCGAGAGACGGACCAGAAAGAGGACGAGCAGGCGGACCUGAGGCUGCUGGCCGUGUCGAUACACUCGUGCGGCAACCUCUCGCACCACGGCAUCCGGUCCAUGCUGUUGAACCCGCCCAUCAAGGCCGUCGCCAUCGUCGGGUGCUGCUACAACCUGAUGACGGAGCGCCUGGGCCCGCCGACGGUGAAGCCGCCGUUCGCGCGGCCGACCCUCGACAGCAUCAACGGCCGGGUGCGGCGCGAGUCGGAGCGGCGCGACCCGCACGGCUUCCCCAUGAGCCGGCGGCUGGCGACGUACGGCGGCGUCGACAGCGGCGACAACAACGGGGUGCGGCUCAACAUCACGGCGCGCAUGAUGGCGUGCCAGGCGCCGCAGAACUGGACCGAGGAGGAGAGCCAGUCCUUCUUCUACCGCCACUUCUACCGCGCCGUCCUCCAGCGCAUCCUGCUGGACCGCGGCGCCAUCGACAAGGUCUACUACCACGAAGGGGAGGGCGACGGGCCCGCGUCGGGCGGCCGCGCCUGGCGCGAGACGGCCUUCAACGUCAGCACCAACCCCGUCAUCAUCGGGUCGCUGCGCAAGCGGUGCUACGAGUCGCUGAACGCCUACGUGCGCGGCGCCGUGGACAAGCUGACGACCGCUGCGACGGCGACGACGGCGACGACGACGACGACGGGAGCGACCACCAACAGAGAAGAAAACGACGGCGAGUACGCGGCGCGCGUCAGGGAAAAGGUGGCGGGCAUCACGGACGACGAGAUCGAGGGCUACGAGGCGCGGUUCGGGCACCGCAAGCGCGAGCUGAGCUCCGUGUGGAGCCUCAUGGCCUUCAGCGCGUGCGUGGUCGAGUCGCUCAUCGUCACGGACCGCUGGCUGUUCCUGCGCGAGCACGGCGACGUGGUGCGCGACUGCUGGGUCGAGCCCGUCUUUGACUACAGGCUCAGCCCGCGCAACCUGGUCGUCGUCGGCAUCAAGAGGUAGCCAGCCCACUAACUGCCUUUGUCUAUCUGCACAAUCACGCAGCACAACGCAGGUCGACACGUGGGCGGGGGUAAGCUAGUACAUGGAUGUGGCAUGGUUUAGACAUGGACGGACGGCCGGCAGUUGGGUCGCUCGGCCGCUUGAAUAGAGCGAGUGCUACCCUUCUGUAUCCCGGAAAAUGCAGCGUCUACCGAGAGAGAGAGAGAGGCCCCUGGCUAUCGUGAUGCCGGCUAGCGCAAAGGUGGCGUCAAAGCACAACACCACCCAACUACCGGCCAAGGCUGUGAGCGGCUAACCCGCCGCUUUCCGGGCAUACGAGGCGGACGCGUCCAGUUCACGGAUGGGGGCUUACUGGCGCGCGGCUGUCGUCGGCAUGCUGUGAGAGAAUGACAGAUGGUGAAGGCGUGGAGCGGGCGACAGCAGAGCGCCGCGGGUGUGUGUGGUACCUGUAUCGGUAGCUCUCAAGUCCCCCCCAUCACUCGGGCCGGCGUAACGGUGGCUACGGUAGCACUGUACCCACCCGCCCGACAAUCCGGCCUACCUCGGGGCAGCGUAGUCGGCAUCGGGCGAUGGAUGGACGACCAGGACGCCCCCCCGCGUCUUCGUCAGCCUCUCGCCCGCAUGUCAUGUCACCUGCGUCAUCACACGACUUGGCCACUAUUUUCAUCACCUUCUUUGCCUGCUGCGAUAUGAUUUGCUCGUCAUGCUCCUUCGCUCAGUGCCCACCCGGUAGCUGGAAAUAGCGGCGCGCGCUAGGGAAAAAAGCAAGGUGUGGCGCUCUUCGUCAUGUGAUGUCUAGAGUGAGAUGUGACAGAAG